UCUUUUCUUUUCUUUUCUUUUUUUUCCAUAAGGCGUCUGAAAAUAGACUGUGGGGACACAGACACAGAAUCUGGGAAGCUACCCUGGAAAAACAGGCCUCUGACGAGCCCUGAGGACACCUGUGCUCCAGAGCUGCUGAGUUAAUUCGUUCGGUCAAGGUGAUUUUACGCCAGGAUGCAGACUCCCAACACGACGGGCGACUGCAUCGCCUGCACCACGCAUAUGCAUGGUGCCUACUCUGCAGAUCGGCUGCUGAGACACAGAGCCAUGAGCCACCCCAGACACAUGGGCAAGAUAAAAAAGCGGCUGGAGGACAUCAAGAACCAGUCCCUGAAGUCGACAAAAGCAGAUUUCAGCCACAACGAAAGCAUCAGAUUGGCCACGGACGCUUUCCUGGAUGGUGGGACAGACUCGUAUCUCCAGACUUUAAGCAAAGAGGGAGAGGUGGAUUUCCUCUCCUCGGUGGAAGCUCGGUACAUCAAGGAGAACGCCCAGGAGUCCUAUUAUGCGCAGGAAUCCCCCACGGAUGGGGCAGCCGCGCAAAGGCAGAACGAUGGCGGCUCCCUGCCUUCAGGGACGUACUUCCCCACCAUUUCUGACAGCAGUGAGCCCGCUCUCCUGCACACAUGGAUUACAGCGGACAAGCCCUAUUUAAAGGAAAAGUCCACGGCCACUGUGUACUUCCAGACAGAGAAGAACAGCAACAUCAGAGACAUCAUACGCCGAUACAUCAACAAGACCACGCAGGUGCUGGCUAUCGUGAUGGAUGUAUUCACAGACACUGAGAUCCUUUGUGACCUUCUGGAGGCAGCCAACAAGCGCAUGGUAUUUGUCUACCUGCUGCUGGACCAUGGCAAUAUAAAUCUCUUCUCGGAGAUGUGUGACAAGCUGCAGAUUGCUGAGGAUCUCUUCAAGAACAUCUCAGUCCGCAGUGUUACUGGAGAGGUAUACUGUGCCAAAUCAGGCAGGAAAUUUUCAGGACAAAUACAAGAAAAAUUUCUUAUCUCUGACUGGAGAUACGUUCUCUCUGGAUCCUACAGCUUCACAUGGUUAUGUGGCCAGGUUCACCGCAACCUCCUCUCCAAGUUCACUGGUCAAGUUGUGGAGCUGUUUGACGAGGAGUUCCGCCACCUCUAUGCACUGUCCAAGCCAGUGAGGGGACCGAAGUCUCCACCACGCACCAUGCCCUUCCUCUUCAGCCAGAGCUGGGCCCUGCCGCGCAGCCUGCCUGACAGCGACGAGGGAAGUGCUAACACUCUUUCAGACCCCUUGAGCAGCCUCUCAACUGGAAGCAACCAUCAGACCAAGCAAACCCCAAGAACUCUCAUAUUCAGCAGCAAUUUCACCCCCCCGUCACCUCUGCAUCGAGUUAAUUCCUUCCACAGCUUUGUUUCAUUCACACCCCCCCCAGCACAGCCCAUCCAGGCUAACUUCUACCAGCCGCACUACGUGGCCGACAGCCCCACAGCUCUUUAUAACAACAUGAACAUUUACCGACCUGUAAGAGUUAGACAAGAGGAACCAAACAGGACAGGCUUAAACUCACCCUGGAGAUGCCUCCAUAAAGGCAACCUGUUUGCAUAAUCGCCACCUUGUUUUGAGUUGCAAGUAAACCUAGUGAGGACCUGUUUAGCAAUCGCUUGUACACUGAUGAGCACAGAAAUUCUGCAUAAUACAAAAUAAGGAUGAUUUCAGGUCUCUUGUUUUGGUGCUUAUGGAUGCUUCGUUUCCCUAAUUAAAAAGCCACCUGCUGUCAUGUAAACGCUGGCUGCAGUACAGUCCCACUAAGAACAAACCUAACGAUGCUGCUCGCAGUGCAACACUGCUGCUGCCAAGCACCUGCCCUUGGUACCAUUUUUGUGUAUCAAUAGAUUGAGGUGGUUUUCGUGUGGCCAGGCACAUGAAAGCAGGCUGAGUCAGUUUCUUACUCUGCACUUCAAGCAGUUGCGUAAGGAGCCAAUUCAGGAGGGCGAAGGCUGCUAUUUACGUGCCGGACUGACAUGCUGCUAGCACAGCAGUCUACCUUCACUCCAUCAUCACAGCUCGGUCUCAGUGCAGGAGGAUUCCUUUGGGGGCUGACAGGAAAGCACAGCUCCCACCUUUGCGCUGUCCAUGAUGCUGUCUGCUUGAGGUGCGCAAAAAGGGUGCCUGUUUGCAGGGUUUGUUUGAACAGGCCUGCAGGCCAUGAACUGGACGGAGACCAACAGCUCAGGGCACAGAGGACAUCCUGCAGCCGUCCUACGCUCAGUUUCACUCAUUAGCAACAUGGGUGCAUUCCAGCACGCUUUGUCAAAACCUCCAGUCCCACCAGCUCAGAGCAAUUUUCCUCAUUGCAGAGCAGCUGUGUAGAUUCAGACUGGAAAAUGAAGCCAAGGAAGGAAGCAAAGUCCUGCUAGCAACACAUCUUUCCAGUACUGAGUUCCAGUUCAUGUAAAAGUACACGGAUCUUGGAAAUGCUCUCAGUGGUUGUUUGACAGAACACUGAGUUGGAGAUAAAGGUGAUGUAAAGGAAUGCCUUGAAUAAAAGGGCAUAACAGGGGUUCAGCAGCUUGAACCAGAAUGCCUGCAAACCUGAGAAACGUUUGGUCGGAUAACCCAUGAGAGUGAAGGAAGCUUCUGUAAGCUCAAAGCAACAAAUAGGGAGAUAAUUCUUGAAAUAUAAAGGACAUAAGGGAUGUCCAUCCAUGUCCCAGAGUCACUCGAUACACACAAUUUACUGAUGUAUCGGCACUUCAUUGUUUUUCUAAUCUGCUUUCCUCUAUCUUUCAUCUAACCCCAACAAAAGCCAGAAACCCAAACACAUUUGCUCAUCUGAUGCACCUCGCUGGCUUGUCCCUUGUUCAGUAAGGUUAAGGAAUUAAAUUGCAUUAUUUUUCUGUGGAUGAUGAAAAUUGCACGCAGCAGCAAAAUUUUAAGUAAGGAGUUUCUCACCCUUGGACGAGCUACAGCUUUAAAAAUACACCAACAGCAUUUACAGAACAUUGUAAAAGGUAAAAGACAAUGCAUGCUACACGAGCAUGUGAACAUUUUUACUUAUGGAGUCAGAUUUUGGAGACCAAAAUAACACUAAACCCUUGCAUAUCAUUGUAAAUGUCUGUACAUAACAACAUUUUUUGAUUCCUUGGGAAGAAGGGAAGUUUUCAUUCCUAUGAGAAUUCUAUUGAGUUGUCUAAAUAUGACAAGGCAACAUGGUAAAUAAAAGAGAAGACUUUCAUUAAAAUGCCUUUGAGAAUCAUUUUGUUGCUUCAUCUUCUCUUGUGCACCUUACUAUCUUUGUUUCCAAAAUCAUUUCCAUACAGCCAGAGCACAGCUGAUAAGGAAUUGCCUUUUGUUCCUUCUGAAACUUGCAGGAGUAGGAUGAAGUGUGUGUCCCCACUGCCUAACUGUGAUUUUUCUUCUGAGUUUGGUUCAGUCCCUCGAUCCUGUUGCGUCCCAGCUGUGGGUGGCAUGGAGGAGGCUGUGGGCUCACUGCUCUCUCACUCUGAAGCCUUCAUUCCCUCCAGUCACGACCCGUGAAAUCCAAACUGGAGCCCUUCUCAUCACUGUGCCCACACGAUUUGCCUGCAGAAGUCUCAGAGAGGGCGGCUAAUGAGAAGUAGGUGAGGGACAUGCUAACAGCACUGAUGGAGUGUUGUGAGUUAAGAGCCAAUUUCAGCUCUGGACCAGGGAUACAGCUUGCAUUAAUUCAGACGACAGCUGAACCCGAAUGUUAAGUGAACGGAAUUUCAGUUUUGAUGGAAAACAAUCAAGAGUUUACCAUUUCUGCGAGGAGUUAUGCCAAAAAUGCUCGCAGGCUCCCACAGGCUCCAUCGCUCGGCGAUGAAGGGAACGUGUGCUUACAGGCAGCUGCAGAAAGUACCUGUUGGGAAGGUUGGAGCUGGAUGCUGACAUCCCUCAUCAGCCUGCUGCAAGGGAAGGGCUGGUACAAACACCGCUACCGCGUGCUGAGAGCAGCGUGAGCCUCACUAGUUCCAGCAGUAAUGCCUUCCUUCACCUCAGAAGCAGGCAGCAGGAUUCAAAUGCUCAACAGCACAACAUCUCAGGAGCCUGUGCUUGCACACACUGAUCCUUCCAGGAGCAUCAGAACUGGGGUUAGAGGGUCCUGCCCCAGGGCCUGGAUCAUGAGAGAGCAUCAGAAUGACAAAGCCCAGCCCUGGCAACAGUUAACAGAUUCCUGGAGUUGGCAAUGCUAAAUCUGCUAUGUAACUACUCAGUGUGGAGUACCAGUGCAAGUAUUAAUACCAAUAAGAUUAAUACUGUAAGAGCCAAAACACAAAGAAAGCUGUUGCAGGCAGAUGUGAGCACUGAAGUGAUGCUGAGGCAUUCAGACACAAGAUGGAAGUGCAAAGCCCCUCUGAGAUUAGAAGCAGAAAGCUGGGGUUGGAGAUGGCAUGCUGAAAGUGAGGAGUGGGCCAGAAAAGGAGGAGUGCAAGUAGCAGAGGUGAGAGAUAGCCAGCACAAUGAGACCAAGGAAUGUUCCAGAGCCCAGCACAAUAAGCACUGCUGACUUGAGCAGUAACUAUGCAACGCAUUCGGAGCAACAUUCAUGUUGUUUUCUUUGCAGUAGUUAAAAACAACAUUUUUGCUUUCUUGCUGUAUUUGAGAAAACUGUGCCUGUUCUUAAGGAGUGCUGCUUGCAUCCGCCCUGCCAGGUGCUAGGGAGUUCACUGCUGUGCUGCCAGUGUGAGACAGCCACACGUUCACCAGCCACACACACCAAAGUCCCCAAAUGGGGCUGGCCACGUCACUGUGUGUUUCAGACAGCUCAGUCAUGAAAUGACAGCAUUUGGCAAGCAUUUCACACGCUGCCUUUUCCACCUUCUAAACAGUGGAGCCAAAUAAUCUGGUGAGUUCCCAUGAAAUAUCUCUACAAACCCAGGUCCACAAAAGCUUGUUCCAACAUUGUAACUAUGGAGCUUGAUUAGGAGCUGUGGGAAAGCAGAUUAUGUCCCUUGGGGCUGCUCAUGACCAUAAGUUUAAGAAGAAACUGGGAGAAGUCCCAGUUCCAGUAACUCAACUACUUUUGCUGAUAUGUUUGGCAUUAUGUUUGCUGUGUCUUUGUUUUAAUGCAUUCUAUUGUUGAUGGCAACAUCGUAAUUAAUUUAUAAUCCAUUAAGGACAAUCACUACCGGAAACACAAGGGCAGGCUGCUUGAUGAAAGCAGUGUGUGCAUCCCAGGUGGGCUUCACUGCCAUCCCAGCCUGCUCAACUCAUGCACACACACAACAACUUCCACCUAGCAAACACACGCAUGACUAAAAUGAAUAUUCUGUAAUAUGUUAUGAAUUAAUGCUUAGCCAUGUGUACUUGCCAAGGCAUCACCUUUCGUAACGAGCUGGCCAGGAUGUGGUUUAAUCGCAUUAAGUCACCAAACUAUCAAAGAUAAUUUGACAUGGCCGAAGGCAAUAUUCCAUUUUGUUGGAGACGUUUUACAGCCGGUUUAGCAGGAGGAUACACUAUACCAAGUGUUAGCACAGAUGUCUUAAUAUGCACCUUAAAGCUUUAAAACCCAUCUCAAAGUUGCAGCUGCAUCUAAAAAGUUUGUACACGUACAGUGAAGUACGUUUCCACUGUGUUACUGAAAAUUUCAGCACUCCUUAAUACUGCAGAAUGAAACCCCAAGAGAACAUGAGGAAAAGUCACAUGAAGAAAAGUCAAUUACAUCUGAGAGAUUCCUCCUUUUACACUAUAAACUAUAGGUUUACAAAAAGCCAGUAAGAAUCACAGUUUAAUGGGAUCAAAUGGGGCAAGAGCACACUUCUACCUCAAAUGUAAAUUGUUUCAAACAAAAGAAAGAAGAUAUUUGCUGCCUUCUGCACGCCCAAAGCACGUAACAUCAGCACUUCAGAACAUAAAGCAAAGUGGUGGCAUUGUGAGCUGAAAGCACAGGUAAGGAUCUGCACGAUGCAGGAACAACGCUGCUGAUUUUCACAGCAGAGGCUUUUCCUUCCUCGCAGGGUUUUACAAAGGAUAUGCUCUGACUGAACACUCUUCACUACAUAUAAACAACCCUGGCAGCUUUGGCUUUCCAUGUGUAAGCACACUGAGGAGCGGGCUGUAGCGAGCUGUGUGCCUGCAAAAACAUUCAGCCUAGAGGAAAUCUGCUUCCACUCCUAAGUUAAACAGUCAGUAUUUAGAUAUUUUCCCAAAAACAUGAAGUUAUUCCUAUUGACAACUUCACAGCAUAAAUGUAUUUAAGAUCCAGCCAUCCAGCUCUGAAAAGAAAAUCACUAUGAUGUCAAUUAAUCUAGAAAUAUUACCACUUUUAAUUAAGAAAAUGGCUAAUUCUGUGGCUCCAAGUGCAACAACAUGGAAUUCAAAACCAAGACAUUUUCUAACUGGACAUCAGGAAGGAAGAGCUGCAUCACAGGCCC